AUGGGUUUCGUGGAGCAUCCUUGGGUUCAGUACUUUGGUGUGUUCGUUGCUGUCGUUGGCACCAGCUCGGCUGCUCCGGCGAUCAUGACGUACCAGGCGAACAACAUUCGAGGUCAAUGGAGACGCGCUUUCUGCUCAGCUCUCCUGACAGGAAUAGGGGCUGUUGGUGGCAUCGUGGGCUCGCUGAUUUUCAGAACACAGGACGCACCCACCUUUGUCCCAGGGUUCGCUACGUGCAUCGUUUGCAAUGUCCUCAUCAUCGUGACAGUCGGCAUCCUCACUCUCUACUUCCGUAAGAAAAAUGGACAAGCGGAUCGUGGAGAGUGCAUUCUUCUCGAGGAACCGAACUUUCGAUUCACAAUCUGA